CUUGGAGAAGAAGUUACCUUGCUGUUUUCUGAAUAAGUUUAGGAUUUUGACACUCUUCGUUGCGUUCAACGCUUCGUUCUUAUUCCUCCCACAUAAACAGCUGCCUUCAACGCACUGCAUGAUGGGAGCUACARAGAGAAAACUAGGCACUAGCAACCAGGAACGCCUGUCGAAAUUUAACUUCCCGCGCAAUUUUGCAAACCAUCGAACAUCCUCGCGAAGAAAUGUUCAUAAAUGCAUCGAAUUAGGAAAAAAAUCGAACAGUUGAAGUAUGGUACAAGUCCUAAGAUUACUCAAGAUAAGCUAGAGGAGUAUGGCUUGGUUGGGAGAGUGCUAAGAUCAUAUCAACUAGAUGGUGUAGGAUUUAUUUCGAAGUGCUACGAUACUGGCCAUGGGUGCAUUCUUGGUGAUGAAAUGGGCCUUGGAAAGACAAUACAGGUUAUUUCAUUACUUAUUAACCUCAAAGGCUCCAAAAAGAUUGAUGGACCAUUUUUAAUUCUUUGUCCUCUUUCUGUGCUGGACAAUUGGAAAUCUGAAUUAAAGAGAUUUGCCAGUCCUUUGAAAGUGCUUACUCUUGUGGGUGAUAAAGAUGAACGUGAAGCUUUGAAGAAUUCAGUACAACCUUCAAUGGGUCAAAGUGACUUUUUCAAUGUUCUUCUGACAACAUAUGAGAUUUGUAUCAGGGAAGUGUCUUUCCUAUCCAAUUUUCAUUGGAAAGUGCUUGCUGUUGAUGAAGCUCAUCGAUUGAAAAAUUCAAAGUCUCUCUUGCAUCAAGAAUUGAGCAUGUUCAAGAAAGACUUCUCAAUAUUGUUAACAGGAACACCAGUACAAAACAAUCUCAAUGAGUUAUACUCCUUAUUAUCAUUUGUGGCACCUAAAAUAUUUAAGGAGGAUUUCCAGGAAGAAUUUGUGGACAAGUUUUCAGACAUUAAUAGYUCAUCAGGAAAAUGUGCAGACCURCAAUAUCUUUUGUCACCUUUUCUUCUUAGACGAGUCAAAUCAGAAGUAAUGAAAGACCUUCCUCAAAAGACAGAGGUGAUACUUUAUACGGGGAUGACUGACCUACAGAAGAAAUACUACAAGGGUAUUCUGACUAAAGACAUUGGUAUGUCAAUCAAUUAUAAUAUGUAUGAUAGUCAGUUUGUCCAUCAGAAAAUUGUCUUUCAGUCAGUCAUUCUGUUAUUGAGGUGUUUAUUUGUCCAGUCAGUCAGUCAGUCAGUCAGUCUGUUGAUUUAUUGGGUAGCCCGUCAGACAACAGUUUGUCAAUGUAAGUUGGUUCAGUGUAGUCUGUCAGUAACUAAAGUCUGUUAUUUUGUCAGUGUGGUCUGUCUGGUCUGUCAGUCAAUCAGUAUGUUGGUCUCUCAGUCUGGUCUGUCAGUCAAUCAGUACGUUGGUUUCUCAGUCUGGCCUGUCAGAAAACUUUGUGUCCUGGACAAACUUUUGUCGUUUUUGCACAAAAGGGAYCAUAAAGUGUUAAUGUUCUCUCAAAUGACAAGAAUGCUAGACAUCUUACAAGAUUAUCUUGGAUACAGAGGAUUUACGUACGAACGACUUGACGGUUCCGUACGUGGAGAAGAACGAUAUCUUGCGAUACGUAMCUUUAACGAGAUGGACGAUACGUUUGCGUUCUUGCUUAGUACUAGAGCUGGUGGACAAGGACUUAAUCUGACGUCUGCAGAUACCGUGAUCUUUGUUGAUAGUGACUACAACCCACAAAAUGAUUUACAGGCAGCGGCAAGAGCACAUCGACUUGGACAGACAAGGCCUGUCAAGAUCAUUCGUCUAGUGGCGCGAAAUACCGUGGAAGAAAUUAUUUUGARGCGAGCUGAUGACAAGCUAAGGCUCACUAAUAAUGUCAUAGAGGGAGGUCAGUUCUCAAGCAUCGCUCAARGUUUAAACCAAAUUGCAGAAACGAAUCUACAGCUUGGCGAUAUAUUGAAAUUUGGUUUGGAUAAACUUUUUGACUCGGAUGAAAAUGUAAUAACAGACAAAGACUUUGAAAGAAUUCUUGGUAAAAGCUCGAAUGGGAAAUGGGUUGUAGWGGAAWCGACAGCGACCAAAGACAUAGCAGAAGAAAAGUCUAGUGAAACCGAAGGUACAAACAUGUAUGUUUACGAAGGUCAUGACUAUUCCAAGGAAACAAGUGACCGCGAUAAAGAUGCUUUUGAUAAAAUGGUAAAAGACAUGCUCGAAGAAGUAACAUCCUCAGAAAGAGCCACACGCAGCGUUKCAAAGAUUUUGCAGCCAAGUAUUUUAAAUUUACCUACACGGAAAAGAAAAGUGUUAACUGCAGAAGAGUUAGAAGAACGAAGAAAGAAGAGAGAGGAAAAUGCUGCAAAAAGAGAAGAAGCAAAAAGAAAGCGAUUGGAACUUUUGCGGAAAGAGAACAAUUACAAUUCUCUUAACAUCACCCUGAGCGAGGACGACGAGGAAGGUUCAGAAGAAGAAUUAACUGACGAAGAAGAGGAACGACAUGGCAUUCAGUACGUCAAAGGAGACGUUACUCAACCKAUAAAUAACACAGGAAACCCAGCCAUCAUAGUGCACUGUGUUGACGAUUCAGGGCACUGGGGAAAAGGUGGACUUUUUACUGCUAUUUCACGUCGCUCGUCUUCAGCUGUGCAAAGUUACGAAUUGGCCGGUGCCAUGGAAGAUCUUCAUACCGGAGAUGCUCAUCUUAUACCAUUUGACGAAGACCAACAACAAAGACAGCAAARCUAUCUUUCGUUGAUUGUGGCCCAAACACGUGACAARCACCAUCGUCUUUUACCGAUGAAUUUAUCCGCGUUAAGCGAAGGCCUUGAACGAGUGCACAAAGCUGCCAAGCAAUUAAGCGCCACCGUUCACCUUCCACGUAUUGGUCACACAACGCCUGGUUUCAACUGGUACGGCACUGAACGCCUUAUAAGAAAACACCUUGCAUCGAGAGGAAUUCCUACUAGCAUAUAUUAUUAUCCACGUAAACAAGAAACCGUGAAAAAGAGACCAGAUCUCUCGUCUAGCGGUAGUGACGCGUCCGAUGAUAACGAAGGAACUUCGGCAAUGCCUCGACGGAAGCCGAAAAAACCUAGAGUUGCGUCCGACCUAAGUGAUAACUCGUCCGAUGAAAGCGAAGGAUUUCCAAAAGGAUCUCGUCGCUAUGGGAAACAGCCUCGAGCUAUGUCCGAACUCAGUGAUAACUCGUCCGACGAAAACGAGCGAUCCUCGGCUUCUCGUAAACUAUCGAAACAGCACCGAUUAUUUUCCGAAUCAAGCUCGUCGUCACUACCCGACUUCUUCUCUGGAGUACGAAUUUACUUUAAAGACGUUCCUGAAGAAAAUAUGAAGACAUUUGGUCGUUACGUGAUUGCUUAUAAUGGAGAUGUAGAGAGCUUACUGUGUGAUGACGUAACACAUAUAGUUUGUGAUGUCAAGGAUCCUCAAUUGAAAGGACUCGAUAAAGAUGCAAUAAUUGUCACCACAAGAUGGCUAGAAGAUUGUAUCAAGAAACAACGCUUGUUGGAUACCACAAAGUACUCAUUAAAGUAGCAAUGAGUUCAAUGAUAUUAUCUUAUUUACCAUAGUACCACAAAUCAAACGUCUAGAAGGGUUACUAAUGUUUUUCAGGUAUAUUUUUUUAUGCCGCACUGACAACUAGUAAUAGAGCGUUAUUUUAAUUUGUUGCUUAAAAAGCCAGUAAGAUUGUUUCCGUGUUUAUAAACUUUAAUUUCAAUAAGGAAAAUAGUACUUUUACAAUAUAAUCUUCCAUAACUCUUAGUAAUUUAAUAAGAAAUAGAAAAAAUAUUUUCGCAAGUUUGGGCAAAGUCCAGUGAGAAAAAUGUACAAUGUUUGUACAUUUUCUAAUAUUGUAGAUAUAAAAUACUAAUGCUAACCUCACUGACGUUCUUUAUUAAGAUCUUUAGAAAUAGCGCCUUGUUUUUCGGCUAAAUAAUCUUGAAUAUUUUAUUAAUAUGACGUCAUCAUUUUAGGACUUUGCUCAUAUAUGGUCGCAAGGGUUUUAUUUAGUUUUGCAAAUGGUCCAAAAAUAACAAUAGCUGUGUUCUGGUUCCUUCUACAGUAUAUGAAGGGUGAAUAUUGUUUUCAAAUUAUACAAAUCGUCCACUUAUUGUAGAGUUAUACUUUCAAAGUAGAUACGGAUAUAUAUCAGGGUUGUUUUCAGGUUAUUCAAAGGUCAAUUUUAUACCUCGUGGUGCAAGGGCGUCCGGGGAGUUGAAAGACUGGUCAGUUCCCCGGUGCAUUGCAUUUGUAUCAAAUAAAAAGAGUUAGAUUAUCACGUGCAACUCUCGAUGCCAAAGCGAUGUGAGCUCUGAUUUGAAAUCACUAUUGUGAUUAUUACAUUAUUCAACCUGAUCUCGAAGAGAGUCGCCAUGUUGAAAAUUACUUUAUCUUGUUGGGCUGUUGGUCAUGUUUUCCAAAUAAAGCGACAUUAUAGAAUUUUCGAGAGCUCUGAGCUCAUUACAUAACCCAAAUAAGCGUACGGACUAAAGAUGGCAAAUAAAUAUAUACACACAAAAAAAUAAAGCACUUUUAUUUUUAAA